AUGGCUUCUACCAACCCCCGCGACGGUUAUCUCUUGGGUCGCGACAUACUGGCAGAGUCUCGCUUAUACGCUCAGCACUACCUUUUCACCGAACGCGCUGGUGGAUUAUUGAACGCUGAUAUCGUCAAAGACGUGGGGGGUAAAACGUCGAUGGAAAUCCUCGAUGUGGGUUGUGGCAAUGGCAUUUGGGCACUCGAUGUGGCCCAGGCCUAUCCGGGGACAAAGGUGGUGGGCACAGACAUCUCCUCGGCUCAAUUCCCUCCCGCGUGGACGUGGCCCAAGGACUGCGUCUUUACAACAGUGGAUGUCUUGGAGCCGGUUCCCCAGCAGUAUGUCGGCCGCUUCGAUGUGGCGAAUGCCCGCAUGGUAGCGGGGAACUUGCACGGCUGUGACAUGAACAUCUUCCUCGGCCACCUCCUCCGGAUGCUGAAACCCGGAGGUUGGAUCCAAUGUUUGGAUUUGUCGCUCCCGGUUGUCUGUGCCCACGACGACGAAGAUCCCCAAGCCCAGACGACAUGGAAACGGCCUCCGACUAUCGCGACCCAGCUCCUGCGGAUCUCGACCUCGAUCGCAUGGUUGGAGGACUUGCCGACGAGGAUGAAAAGUGGAGGGUUCGCCGUGGUUCGGGAAUAUGACUGUCCUCCGAGAAGGAGCCAGUUCCGACACGAAACUGUAAAUUUUCUGUCGGCCAUGGUAGAGAUGUCGAGAGGGGUUCGGUCGAUCAUGGCGGGGGAUAUCGUGGACGAGUUCGAUGAGGCCGUGGAGGAGCUUCAUCGCGACGUCCGUGACGGCCGACUUUUUCAUGUCGGGCUCAAGGUCAGGGUGGGCAAGAAGGCGAGUUAA